GGCCACUUUUACUAUUCGAAUUAACCAUGACUACAUUGAAACAGUUCUCUCACAUAUGCCUGGUGAUCGAAUUUUUGAAAGAAAUAAGUUCUAUACUUCAUACUACACUUCCUUUCCUAGUACAUCUGUAAUGUCCACUCAAUUGGUAGCAACAGCAGUUCUACCUUAUGAAAGUGUCAUUUUAUUGUUAAAUACAAUUUCUGUAAAAAGCAGAUUACAAGUAAUAAAUGACACUACAUAUGCACUAUCUCGAAUUAAUGACAUUACGAAUUUUAUCAGAAACAAAUGGAAAGAUAUCAUAGAAACACCAUAUGUGCAGUACGUAGUACUUCCAGUGAACUCUAGCUAUUAUGAAACUGUAGUAACUACUGGACUUGUUCUAUUUAAAGAGGCUGACAUCGUUUACUACAAUAGAGAAGUAGAUUCGAUUAUAAGAAAAAGACAAAUAACAUGUUCGAUUGCACGCAGUGUGAUACAAGAAAUGUUCAGUAAUUGGUUAGUUAGAUUUAAGCAAUCUGAUCCUUGGUUUAUCGAGGGGUUUUCAACAUUUUACGGAGUUUAUCUAAUUGAUCAGAUUUACAAUGACACUUUACUAAAGUCGAUUGUGGUCCAGACAAGACGGCAAAAUUUUGAAUAUACACAAGCAUUUAUUGAAUAUAAUUUACCACUACAAGAAAAUCGAUUGUUUUACAACGUAACUUUUAGUAAAAUGUGGAGAGAAAAAACAUUCAAUAUUUUCUAUAUGAUUAAUAGCUUAUUCCGUAAUCAAGAUGUACUAUACAACUUUAUUUUUGAGAACGCGAUAAAAGUAUAUAACACUACAUCAAGUGAGACGUUCAAUGACCAGUCUAUUCUCAAGAUUAUAUGGAAGAAUUUAAUGUUGGAGCCGAUCAUAAAUAAAAAUAUGUAUUUAGGAAAUAUAAAUUUAACAUAUGUGAUAAAUUCAUGGAUAACACACGAUGGUUAUCCUGUGGUACAAGUAAACCGUAACAAUGAUACACAAUUUCUAGAAAUUAUGAUUCGAGAUUGUGUUGCGGAUAAACAAAAAGACAUGUGUGCAUACAAGUGGUGGAUACCUAUAAUCUAUGUAAAAAUAUCAAGAAAGACGUCUAGUAGUAAUUAUGUGUACCUGAAACCAAACGGAAUAAAUAUCUUUGUCCCGUAUAUUAAAGAAGAUGAUUUUAUCAUAAUCACAGCGCACAAUGGAUAUCGCGUCAAUUAUGAUCGUAAAUCUUGGGAAAAUAUUGCUCUUUUUUUGAAAAGUGAAAAAUCUAAGACUUCGGAUGCAUAUAAAUUAUCUGACGUCAUUUUAGCACAAAUUCUCGACGAUGCUUUUUAUUUUUUAAUACAAAAUACAAAGUAUAACNUAUAUCCUGCUGCAAAAAGAAAUAAUAUAGACAUUUUUUUCAAUCUUGCAAGCAAUAUAGUUUCCAUGCAAAAUACGUACAUAACGUGGUAUCCUGUACUUACUGCUCUUCAGUAUAUAUCAAAGAUUUUUCCAUAUCCAGAAAGUGCAAAUAUUAAGAGUAAAGUUCUAGAAAUAUUGAAUAGUUUUCUGGAAGAUAUAUCACAUAAAAAUGUUUCCGAGAAUACUGUCAGUAAUCAAGUAUAUCACGAAGUUUUAAAAUGGACAUGCAUUCUUGGUGGCUUACAGUGCAAAGAACAUAUUAGUGCUAUAUUACAGGGGCAUUUAGAAAAUCCUGUACAUCACAGACUUUUGCCAAGUUGGCAGAAAUGGAUAUACUGCCAAGGUUUAAUUUUAGAAAAUGGUACUUAUACGUCUGAUUUGUGGCAAAACAUAGAGAAAAUAUAUGUAACUCAGCGAAACUUAGGAGAAAUGUUUGAAUUGUCACCUUGUUCUGGGCAUAAUAUUUUGCAAUCUUUACGUUUGGUUAAUCUACAAAACAAAAGGACGUCUAUUAAUAUUCUACUCAGUAGUAUAGCAAAAUAUUCAAAAGAUGUUACAUUAUUGAAAAGUAUAAUACACAAAAUAAGACGUGUUGCAAGACAAUCUAUCAAAGACAAUCUAUUUGCAGUGGUCAUUUUUAUUAUUAAUAAUACUUAUUCAGAUGAAAAUCUUGAAAAGAUUAUAGACCUGUAUUUUGAAGAACUUUUGAGUAACAUGUCUAUCAUUAUGGAGAAGACAAUACUUAUCAAAAUUAGAGAGAAAGUUAAAAGUCGUCGUACGAUGUUAAAUAGAAUGAAAAUGUUUUAAAGAAACUGGUAAACAUUUUCUACUAACCGCACGAAUUAGGUAGUUCUAUGACUACUUAAAAUUUUUUAGUAUAUAUAGUAGUCUAGCGUUUUAAUUAAAUACAAAAAAGU